GCAUAUCUCGUGUGUCCCGAUAUCCCGCGGCAAAAGAUCUAAAUAGAAUUACCCACAGGCCGCGAAAGGGAAAAAAGGAAAGGGAACGGGCCAUGGCGUUCUGCUCGUGCUUCGGACCUUCGAAGGCAGAGAGGCUCGAGGCGGAGCGCAUCCAGUCCCAAGAAGCCCGUCUCCGAGCCGCCGAGGCCGCUCAGAAGAGGCAAGAGCAGUUUGAGAAGUCGGCAGCUGGGAGAGCGGCAAUCAAGCAGAUGGCAGCAAUGAAGCAAUCCAAUGUCUCUAACAAAGGAGAACCGGUUCUUAAGUGGCAGAUGGGAUGAAUACUAGCUUAUAUGGUGAUCGACCAUGACCAUGUAAAGAAUAUUUGUGAUUUGAUUGUGGAUUGUAUUCUGCUCUCAGCAAAAGAACAAAUCCUCCAAGCAAAUUCACAGGGCAACUUAAUGCGCAGAUGUUUGUUUGUUUGGGGAUAAUAAAAUGUCUGUCUCUGUUUUUUUCUUGAAGCAGUAAACAGUAAUUAUGUAUCCAUAGAGAAAGUUAAGUGUAAGCAGGAUGGGAUUGUCCUGUAAAUACCCAUUAUAUGACCAUAAAUAUAUCUGGAACUGCACUUGGCUUUCAUCUUUCUUCUCAGUAGAAACCUAUUGUCACAAGUGAAUUUUCAUUCUUACUUUGUGGAUA